CCCGGCUCGGCCCUUCCCCUCAAAGCUUCCCCGGCCGGACCCCGCUACCUCUUGGGGUUCUCCGUACAUUAAUGAAAGUUUAGGGCCUGGACCGUGGCCCCGAGUCAGACCUAAGAGCGCAGCCCGCGCUGCUGGCAGGACAGAGGAAGAUGUCUGCGCUCAAGCGGAUGAUGCGGGUCUCCAAUCGCUCCCUGAUCGCCUUCAUCUUCUUCUUCUCCCUCUCCACGUCCUGUCUCUACUUCAUCUAUGUAGCUCCAGGCAUCGCCAACACAUACUUCUUUAUGGUACAAGCUCGAGGUAUCAUGCUGAGAGAGAAUGUGAAAACAAUUGGACAUAUGAUCAGGCUAUAUACGAAUAAAAACACCACACUCAAUGGGACAGAUUAUCCUGAAGGCAACAAUUCAAGUGACUAUCUUCUGCAAACAACAACGUAUCUUCCACAAAACUUCACCUAUUCACCGCACCUCCCCUGCCCAGAGAAGCUGCCGUACAUGCGGGGAUUCCUCAAUGUCAAUGUGAGUGAGAUCAGUUUUGAUGAAGUUCAUCAGCUCUUCUCCAAGGACACAGAGAUUGGGCCAGGAGGCCACUGGAGGCCCAAAGACUGUAAGCCCAGAUGGAAGGUGGCGGUUCUUAUCCCCUUCCGCAACCGCCAUGAACAUCUUCCCAUUUUUUUCCUGCACCUGAUUCCGAUGCUCCAGAAACAGCGGCUGGAAUUUGCCUUUUAUGUCAUCGAACAGACUGGCACACAACCAUUCAAUCGUGCGAUGCUCUUUAACGUGGGUUUCAAAGAGGCCAUGAAAGACAGCGCCUGGGACUGUGUGAUCUUCCAUGAUGUGGACCAUCUGCCUGAGAAUGACCGGAACUAUUACGGAUGUGGAGAGAUGCCGCGUCACUUUGCAGCAAAGCUGGACAAGUACAUGUACAUUCUUCCAUAUAAGGAGUUCUUCGGUGGGGUCAGUGGCCUGACAGUGGAGCAGUUUAAGAAGAUCAAUGGCUUCCCCAAUGCCUUCUGGGGUUGGGGAGGAGAGGAUGAUGACCUUUGGAACAGAGUUCACUACGCUGGGUAUAAUGUAACCCGGCCAGAGGGGGACUUGGGAAAAUACACCUCUAUUCCUCAUCACCAUCGAGGGGAAGUACAGUUUUUGGGGAGGUAUAAAUUACUAAGGUAUUCCAAGGAACGUCAGUACAUAGAUGGAUUGAACAAUUUAUUAUACACGCCCAAAAUACUGGUUGAAAGGUUGUAUACAAACGUAUCUGUAAACCUCAUGCCUGACUUAGCUCCAAUUGAAGACUAUUAAAAGAAGUCUCUCACGGUGGUGUGGACCACAGUGCUGGAUGGUGAACUUGGCUUGGAGUGCACUCUCCAUGGAGGUUAGAGAGUGACAUGUCUGUGUCCCAGUCUGUGAAAAGAGCCAGCAGUCCUUAUGUUUACAGCGGGGGAUUCCAUACCAUCACACACACACACCCUCCCUGCUUUGGGACAUCCUCCAUGGCAAGCGUGGUAGAGACCUGAACCCAUGGCUUGGGAUUGGAAAUGAAGAGAGCUCCCUACAAAGAGAAGAUUUUUAUACUGAAAUCUAUAAUUUAAUUCAAGAGAAUGCUUUUAUUUCCGUUCAAAACAUAUUUUGUACAUAUGUGAUGUAAAUUAAAUGUGUUCAAAUUGUUGAAAAAUAAGAUGUCACAAUUUUGCAUGUAAUUGGUUAUGCCUUCAUUGGACUUUUAUAAACUUUUUUUUUUUAUUUGCAUGGGGGAAAAAAGAAACUAUGUAAAUCUAUGUCUUGAAACAAAGGUUAAGCCUUGUAUGGAAUGAAGGGAGUGUCAGGAAGGACAGAUGCUACAGUAACUGUUUUACUGGUGUUCAGCUUUAGACCUUCAGCCCCAUGUGGGAGAAGGCACAGCCCUUGGAGGGCUCCCGGGAGGAAAGAGGAAACACCUAGCACAGCUUUCCUCCCUGCCAGAAUGACCUCUUUUUGUUUUUGUUUUUAUUUUUGUUUCAUUUGGUUCUGUUUUUCCUUGCUUGCAAUCUCAUCAGACUUUGCCAAGUCAACAGCCAUAUUGUUUAUGCAUACUGCAUGAGUAUUACCGAGAAAACCUUCAGAGUUGUGAAGUGUCAUGCUGUACAGGACCUCUUCACGUUAAAUGUCUCUAUGUACCUCCGAUGUAAGUGUCAGGGAUCUUGUGCCUCAAGAAAAAAAAAUUUCCCAAGGUCGUGUUUAUAUACUGUAUUCUUUUUUUUCAGUUUCCAAUUAAGAAGAACCAAAAGAAAGUAUCUUUUUUUUGAAAACAUUUUUUUAAGAAUAAACUUACAGAAAACCCGGUAGUGCUUAUACAGAUGGAUUAUACUAUUAAGUGAGAAAUUAGAUGCUCUAUUUUUAUGAAGAUAAAUGUUUAGAUUAAAAUAAACUUCAACUUUAAUUCUCAGAUGGAUACAAUUCCCCUUUCACAUCAGCCAGUCAGUCAAACUAUUUUCUUUUCACUUUCAAGAAAUCUCUGGUGUUAUUAAAAUUUUCUCACUAAAAAUGUAAUUUAAUAAGUCCCCUCCCCUUUGUGUGGUGUUGGGGAUUGAACCUAGGACCUGUAGGCUUAGGGUCAGUUAAUAGGAUGUGAGGAUACUGAAACCUAACGCCAAGUCCAUUCAUCCUCAGGUUAGAUGAGGUUUUCCAUGUCAAAACAAAACCCAAACAGUAUUCUUACUUUGAAAAUUAUCAAUUAUAAAGAUCCUUGAAAAAUAUCUCAUGUUCACAUGUUAGAUCUUAUUUCCCAUACUUACGCCAAGUUGGAAGAGAACACCGUCUAUCUGUAAAGUGAACCUUCCCCAGGAACGAAGAGUGAGGGAAUUCUGGGUGUGAGAAAGUUUGCUUCCCUUAUCUAUCUAGUGUUGAGAGCUCAGCUUGCAGUUGUCAUCCUCCAUCAUAAUCUUGGUAAUGCUGAUGGCCACAAAUCAAAUCAUAGAGUAACUAAAAUCCUUACCCUAUCUGCUGUGAAACCAGUCUUUCUAUGUUUAUUUCUUAGAAGUGGUUCUUAAAUAGCUACCUUCUAAUUUUUUUGCUACUCCAAAGAAUGAAAAAUCAGAAGAUAUUUGUAUGUUAUCCACUUAAUUUUUUUGUCUCUUGUGGCUAAUGCAGUGUUUAAUUUGAUGGAACGACAGCGGAAUGAAAUAUUACCAUUGCUGAUGGCUUGUGGGACAGGGAUACAGGCAGGUGGUGAACCCAGAGCUGGUCCCUCCUCACAGUGGUGGGGAAAUUGGCAACCAUGCUGAACCUUAUUCAGAAAACACAUUUUAUAACAUGGGGCUGUCCACAUUGGGGGGUACCUUUUCACACUGGCACAUAAUUCACUGUUGUGAAAAAGUCAGGACUCCAGGUAAUCUGCCUUCCUCUCUUGGGUUAAAUCUGGCAUUGAUAUGACUACAGGAAUAGGAUGUAUUUUUGCUGUAUUUUGGUGUUGAAUCUGGUAUGUCAACUUGUAAGAACCACCUCACCACUUUCUUUUCCAUUUUGCUUUUUAAAUUGAGACCCAGAAUUCUUUUCAGUUAUGAACAGUGACAUAUAUAUGUCCCAUGUAUGACAGUUUUGCCCAGUUACCAUGGUCACAAUAAAUAGCUUCCUUCCAUAUUAGUGGAAGCAGACAGUCUGAUAUAACUACCCAGUGGUUUUGCAUCAAGUGUCUACUCCCCAUUGGUUGCCGUUAACUGUUGCUGUUUGAAAGUGCUGUGAUUUUCCCCCCUAAACAAGUCAAAUGAAGAAAGUUAAAAUUUCUCUGAAAUAAGGAAGGCACUCUCUGAUAUCUGCCAGUCUUAGUCUCAAAUCCAGUGUGGACUCAGAGAUGCUGGGAGGCCCUCAUGGCACUGGGGACAUCAUAUGAUGCCUUUGAAUUAGAGAAAGAAAUCAUGACUGAUGGAGAGGGAGAAAGUAGACAUAUUCGUUGUGACAUUCUUUCUGGUUCUUAGUGAAGAUGUUUAAUUCUUUGCCAAAAGUAGGCUUUGCAUAAGGUAACUUUUUUUUCCUUUUUAUAAAAGUAUCAACCGUUGUAGACCUUUGAGAUGGCUCAGGGAGUAAAGGUGCCUGCACCAAACCUGGCAACCUGAGUCUGAUACGUGGGACUCACACUGUAGGAGAAGAGAGCCUACUCUUGCAAGUUGUCCUCUGACUUCCAUAUGUAUACACAUGCGCAUGUGUACAUAUAUACAGGUGCACUCACACACAAAUGCACACACAGUUACUCACAUGUGCAUACAUGAGUACACACAAAGUAAAUCAAAAGGUAAUUAAAAAUUAAAUUUCUGUUUGUGUUUUAUGAAAUGGUUUUCACCAAGAAAAUAUUAUUUAUAAAAUUUAAGUACAAAAUUAUCUAUUAAAAAGUUGCAUUCCUAUCCCAGCCAAGGUACUGAUAACCAUCUUAAAACAAAAUGGAAGAAAAGCCAAUACAGAUUCUGAAAGUCAAAGCAGACUUUAUGUCAUUGUAUUUGGCCUUGUCCUGUACCUUUAUAUACCUGUCAGAUGAAUAGCACUGGAGAUUUCUUGCCUUGGGUUUGCAAAUUUGUCAUUUGAGAAGCAAACUGUCACUGUGUUGUUUUUCAGGAGGUGAAAGUGUACUUAAGAUUAUUUAUUAUAAUAUGAAAUACUUCUAUGUAAGUGCAUUGAUGUAAAUGCUAGUGAUUCCUUGCAAUCUUUUUUUUUUUUUUUUUCUUUUUUGUCCUGUUUUGCUUCUCAUGGAACUGUUUGUACUUUUUUUAUCAUUGUCUUUUAUGAAAUAUAAUGAUCUAAAGACUUUA